AUGGCAACGUUGGAUAAGAAUCUGGAAAGAAUAGAGUUAUUAAGUUCACUGUUUAUUGAUAAAGAUGCUGAUACCACAGUGGCUAGUCAGGAAGUUCAAGAUAUUGAUUAUGAAUCUGGAUCCAAUGCUGGUGAAGAUGGGAACUUGGUCGUUAAGCUGAAAAAGAAAAAACAUCAUCAUCGUCAUAAUCAUCAUUCACCAAUGAGACUUCGAGAUAGAUUGGCAAAUUUUUUUGGUUAUAGAAAUAGUGUUGAUGAACAAUUGAUGAAAUUUGCAAAUGAUGAAGAAUUAGAAGAAUGUCAAUUGGAAAAAGAGAGAGAACCUUCAUUACCUGAUACUAUUAAAUCAGAUGAAACUAGAGGUUCAUCAUUAAUUAAUGAACAAACAACUUAUUAUAAUACAUUAAGAAAUAAACAUAUUGAAGAUAUUCCAAAUCCAGAUCAAUCAGAAAAUGAAAUUCCAAUUGGAUGA